AUAUAUUACUAUUUAAUGCCAUGAUCCUAAAUGCAUUUCUCAGUUGACCCAUGACAGAUGGAAAAGCAGAUUGUUAUCAUCGGAGCAGGAGCAAGUGGCCUUGUUGCCUGUAAGUACGUUCUCAACAUUGGACUCAACCCGAUUGUGUUUGAAGCUGAAGAUAGAAUUGGAGGAGUUUGGUCACAUACUUUGGAGUCAACCAGACUGCAAAACACCAAAGAAAUUUUCCAGUUUUCUGAUUUUCCAUGGCCUCCCUCGAUAAUAGACACGUAUCCUACUCACACUCAGGUGAUGGAGUACUUUGAAUCUUAUGCACAACAUUUCAACCUCUUUCCUUGCAUCAAGUUCAAUUCCAAGGUCAUCGGCAUAGACUAUGUUGGGGUGUCUGAUGAAGAGAUGGAGUCAUGGGCUCUUUGGGGUGGGACAGGCAAGCCCUUUGGCACCGAAGCGAAAUGGCAUGUCAAAGUUCAAGACACAAAAAAUGGCAGCAUACAAGUGUUUCAUACAGAAUUUGUUGUUCUUUGCGUUGGACAAUUCAGUGGCCUUCCAAAUAUUCCAGAGUUCCUUCCAAAUAAAGGGCCUGAAGUGUUCAAGGGCAAGGUGAUGCAUUCAGAGGACUUCUCAGCCUUGAACAAUUCGACUGCAGCAGAGUUGAUCAAAACAAAGAGAGUUACAAUAGUUGGUUCUUAUAAAACUGCAGCUGACAUAGCAGCAGAAUGUGCCAACGCAAAUGGAGUCAAGUACCCCUGCACUAUGAUUCAAAGGAAUGCUCACUGGUUUUUGCCUAGUGACAAAUUGAGUGGACUUCUACUUGGUUUCUUGUACUUCAAUCGAUUCUCGGAAUUCUUGGUUCAUAAGCCUGGUGAAACAUUUCUAUUAAGUUUUGUGGCCACCAUGCUUUCACCCUUGAGAUGGGGAAUUUCAAAACUCAUUGAGACCUACCUUAGAUGGAAUCUUCCACUGAAGAAGUACGGAAUGUUACCAAAAAUUAGCUUUCUUGAAGAUGUGUCUGCCUGUCAGAUUGCAAUGCUGCCUGACAAAUUCUACGACAGAGUUGAAGAAGGAAGCAUCAUUAUCAAGAAUUCCCAAAUCUUAAGCUUCUGCGAAGAAGGUCUAAUCAUAGAUGGAGAAGAUCAGCCAAUAGAAACAGAUGUUGUGAUUUUUGCUACAGGAUUCAAGGGUGAUGAAAAACUGAGAAACGUUUUUGAGUCUCCUGUUUUCCAAAACAACAUAAUGGGGUCACCGACCUCUACAGUUUCCCUCUAUAGACAGAUAAUUCAUCCUCGAAUUCCUCGAUUGGCUAUCAUAGGAUACAAUGAGAAUUUCUCAAAUUUGGGUCGCUCAGAAAUCAAAAGUGUAUGGCUAUCACAAUUCCUUGAUGGCAACCUUGAAUUGCCAAGUAUAAGAGACAUGGAAAAGGAAGCAAACAUGUGGGCAGAUCACAUCAAAAAAGUUACAGGCCGCUACUUUAGGAGAGCUUGUAUUAGCAACUCAAGCAUAUGGUACAUUGACCAACUUUGCAAGGACAUGGGAUGCAAUCCCAGAAGAAAGAAGGGAUUUCUAGUAGACUUGUUUAUACCAUAUGCUCCAACAGAUUAUGCCGGUCUCACUAGUAAGUGAGGUUGUUCGAUGUUUGUGAAAACUCCAUCACAAGUUGAAACUAUGUAAUUUUAUAUGCUGGCUCCUGCAAGCUGCUCAAAGCAGAAUAACUAGUUCAGGGCAAUGAUAUUCUCUGGGUGGCAAAAUAGUAAUGGAUUUAUAUUUCCAGUUUAUAAUUAGCCUUCUGCUUAAAAUUAACCAGGAGUCGUGGACAUGACUGUUAUAAUUGAUAUGUUUCCUAAGCCGAAGCAACAUUUUCUUCCGUAUUUCGUGACCUUUGUUAAGGCAUAUACCAGAUGAAGAUGUAUUUGUAUUA